UCGCCAUUGCAAUUUUUUCCUGUGAACGACAGACAUCAUUUUUUUUAACAUACAGGCUACAAAAAGAGGACAAACACUGCGCAUAUUUAAUAUAAAAGUCAACUUGUCGUUAAACCAACGAGAUGAAACACAACUCGAACGUCCCGGCUUUUCUGACCAAACUGUGGACGUUGGUAGAAGAUGCAGACACUAAUGAGUUUAUCUGCUGGAGUCAGGAGGGAAACAGCUUCAUGGUGUUGGACGAGCAGCGCUUUGCGAAGGAGAUCCUCCCCAAGUUCUUCAAGCACAACAACAUGGCCAGCUUCAUCAGGCAGCUCAACAUGUAUGGAUUCCGAAAAGUCAUGCACAUCGACACAGGCAUCGUUAAGCAAGAGAAAGACGGACCGGUGGAGUUUCAACAUCCGUACUUCAAACAUGGACAGGACGACCUGCUGGAGAACAUCAAGAGGAAGGUUUCUAAUGCUCGUCCAGAGGACAAUAAGAUCAGACAAGAGGACCUGAGUAAGAUCUUAGUGAGCGUUCAGAGUGUUCACAGCAAACAGGAGAACAUCGACGCCAGACUGGCAACACUGAAGAGAGAGAAUGAAGCCCUUUGGAGGGAGGUGUCAGAUCUAAGGCAGAAGCACGUCCACCAACAACAGCUCAUAAAGAAGCUGAUACAUUUCAUCGUCACACUCGUACAGAACAACCACAUCUUGAAUUUGAAACGCAAAAGGCCCAUUCUGAUGAACGGCAACGGAAAGAAACCCAAAUACAUUCAUCAGAUCUAUGAUGACAAAGUGUGUGUGGAACAGUCAACAGUCAACAGUCUGAACGGUGUCAAGAGCUCCGAGUUAUCAGACGACGUCAUCAUCUGUGACUUAACAGAGAGCGAAGCUGAGGGGUCGAUCGGCGUCACAGAGGGGUCCACCGGGGUCAGCGAGGCAUCGACCAGCAUCACUGAGGGGUAUCCAAAGACAGAGCAAGGUGAGGUGGAGAUAGUGGAGGUGGAGCUGGAUGGCUGUGCGGUCCUGGCGGCUGAGACGGAGGUGAGCACCACCUGCACAGACGACAAACGGAGUGACGCCGAUGCCGCUUUGACGGACGAUAAGGGCGGGGCUUUGGAGGGUGCCGGAGCCACCAGCAGCGCCCUGCAGCUCAACAAAGCCCCGGGCCUGAGUCUGGAGGACCCCGUCAAGAUGAUGGACUCCAUACUGAACGAGAACGGAGCCAUAUCGCAGAACAUCAACCUGCUCGGAAAGGUGGAGCUCAUGGACUAUUUGGACAGUAUCGACUGCAGUCUGGAGGACUUCCAGGCCAUGCUUUAUGGAAAACAGUUUGGCAUGGAUUUGGAUGCUGUAGAGGAGAGCGUGGCCUCCAAAGAAAACACAUCACAGCUGAACAGAAGCCGGACAGAGGACACCCACACAGAUAAACAGCUGAUCCAGUACACAUCGUGCCCUCUUCUGGCCUUUCUUGACGGUUGUCCUCAUGCCCCAGAGCUGGACCUGGGGAGCUCCAGCAGCAGCUCCAGCGGCUCCGCCCACCCCUCCACCCUUGGCUCCGCCCCGUCCUCUGCGGCAGAGGCCAAGCUGCCGUCGGAGCUGCUGGAUUCGGGCGUGGUGGAGUCGAAGCAGCCGGUGCGCAGCUCCCUGAUCAGACUGGAGCCUCUGACGGAGGCCCAGGCCAGCGAGGAGACCCUGUUCUACCUGUGUGAACUGAGUCCUGGGGGGCUGGAGGCCGACUCCACGCAGCUGGACCGCCUCUGAGCGGGGACACCCCCCCUCCGUUGUCGUAUUUUCAAAGUGUCCACUUGUGUGUGUGUGCUGUUGAACCGUUCUGUGUAAAGGACACAAAGACCAGAGGGUCGGUGCCACUGCAGACAUUUAACAUGAUAGGUCCCAUCUGAGUCACCUGACCAUGUCCUCAUCCACCAGGUGUCCAAAAGUCUGUGGACACGUUCAAUCCAGGUGUUUGUGUUCCAGCAGGGAUCAGGGAUCCAAAACAAUAAGGACUAAUGUCAGAAUUAGGGCUGUGUAUCGGCAAGAAUCUGGUGAUAAUACA